AUGGCACACUCUCCGCCCCGACAACCCACGCUCCAGCUCUCACCCUCGUCGCCAUCCGUUCCCCACCCCGCUUCGAACACCUCAACCCACCCUCCCCUCGCCCUGUUCCAGCCUGCUGUGCAGCCUGGAUCACUCUCGACACUCGAAAAGCGCAGGGCGCGGUCCCGCUCGCCGUCUCCGUCACCUGUUGUGUCGCCGGUGCAUCACCUCGCUCAGGCCGGACUUGGGCUCGCCUCGCCCGGUCUGCCAGCGAGCCCGUUCGGCAUGCACGGAGACGAGUUGGAGCGACUGGUGGGCGCGUCUGAGCGGCAGGAGGGGCAGCGAGGGAGGACAACGUCGCUCGGUUUCGUCGAGCCUGAGAUGCCGCAGCGUUCGUCGCAGCAGCAGAGCCGUGGGCGGGAACGGAAGAAGAGCUUCAUUGGCUUGGGUUUCGGAGGCGGCAAUAGCAGCGAGAGCGAGGGUGCUUCGCUGGGACGGCGCAGAUUCGGCUUGGGCGGUGGGGCGAGUUCGAACGCCGUGGACAAUCCGGCGCGAGCGCUUGCGGCCGACGGUGUACUGACCUUUCGCCCUGUCCUCGACCUCCUUCGCGACUCUCCCUCGCGCUCAACGCCCGCAGAAGCCUCGUCACCGGUACCCGACCACGCCAAGCCGACUCCGAAGAAGGGCGGAACCAGCGGUGCGAGGGCCUUCUUGAGACGUGCGAGGAGCUUCGGAACGAGUCCCGUCCUCGGUUCGUCGAACGGCGGAACGUUCGCCGCCCCGACCUUGGCAGACCAGCAUCCACCUCUUCCACUCAGUUCGCCCGUAUUGCCUCUCCCCCGAUUAUCGACUUCCUCCCUCUCGGUCGACACCGCCUCGCCUGUCGACUCGCCCGCUCCUCUUUCCGGAACUUCGACGCCCCUCACUCCGCACAGCCCCUACUACCACAACUACCCUUCGACUUCAUCCGCAUACCUCCCCUCCCCCCAGCUCGGCCGAUCGCACUCGUCCAGCGCGACUGGAAGUACGAUGGUCCUCCCCGAACCGAUUCCCUCACAGCCACAUUGGCUCUUUGCGCCCGCGCCUAGCUCGUCCGCUUCUCGCGAUGCGGCUAGUUCGCCUCGAAGUUCGGUCGAGCAGAGCAGGCGGAGAUCAGCGGAUGAGCGAACGCGAGACUCGCAUGAGUCGUCGAGCGGGCGGAGCAUCACGCAUGGCAAGGGGAAGGGAAAGGCGAAGGAGGGCGAGCGGGAACGAGGACUGAGUGCGCCGUCGCCUGCUCAGACUCCGAAGCGUAAGACGCGGCGGGCGACACUCGGCGGCUUGUUCGGCCGGAAAGAGCCAAAGGCCGGUCGGACGACUCGCGAGAACAGCCUCGCAAGUGACGGCGUUCCAACCGCGAGCAUUCCUUCCCUUCCCUCCUUGCCUUCUCUCCAACUCUCCAACAACCCGUACCGCAUGUCUUGGGCGUUCGGUCGCGAGUCACCAAGCAACUCGCCGGAGAAGGGCAGGUCUGAUCCGCCGACGAGCAGCAGGAGGAGUCCGUCGAGGGGCGAGCGGCCGACCUUGUCUAUCACGACAACUCCGACCGACACGCCUGCGCCUGCGUCACCUGUAGACCAAGUGUCGCCGUCUCGUCCGCCUCUCGUCGGCGCGCACACGCUGCCUUUGCCAAUCGCUCCACCGCUCGAGCAAGCCAAGUCCUCCGACUCCGGUUCCACAUUGAUGAUCCGAGCACCCGCUCAGACGUCCGCCUCGCCUACUACGCCUACGCCGCCCGGAUACGUUUUGUCUCGCGGCGGACUUAGCGCAUCGACUCCGCCGAGCCUGCGUCGAAGCAACUCGUAUGCCCCCCCCUCGACUUCGCGUGUCGCCUUCGCUGGCUCGACUGCGCCUCUCACGCCUUCGCCCCUCUCUUCUCCCGUGAAGGAACGCCUCAAUCCGCUCUCCACCUCGUCUUCGCCCGGUGCCGAGGCGCCCCCGCCUCUCCCGUCUCCCGGCUCGACUACCGCCCCUCAGGCAAGCCCAUCUCUCGCUCGCACUCUCAUCAAGACUCGAGCGGCGAGGUCGCAGUCGGACGCUUCGGACCGCAGGUCUCCCUCGCUUUCGACGCCGCCUGCGUACGCUUUCAGCGGGCGCAACAUGGUCGUCGGCGGACUCGGCAUUCCUCCUGGAGGCGGAUACUUCGCGCAGGCGCACCAAAAGGUCGGCGCAUCUCGUCUGACAACGGCAGACAGCACGACGGGCGGGGCAAGCCUAGGCGGGAGGUCGAGCGUCUUUGGCUCGCUCGGCAGCUUCUUCGGCGGCGGCGCGGCAGCGAGCCAGAACAUGAGCCGGAGCUCGAGCGCUGCGACGACUGGAACGACUGGCGGUGGCACGCCGGCGACAUCGCCUGGGUUGUCGACAGCCGGCGAAGUCAGCGAGUUUGGCGCGCUGUUCGACCAGAAGCGCUCCUCGUCGCAGGCUCGGCCCAACAGCUCGCGCAGACGAGGCCUCAGCGUCGGUGCUGGCAUCGGCAGCUUCUUCGGCGGCGGCGGAUCAGCAGGGACUGGCAGCGUUUCCAGCCUUCACUCGAUCGGCCCGUCCCCAUCCUCAGCAACGACCUCGCCAUCCAAGGUGCAGAUGCGCGAGCGCUCUGGUAGCGCGUCAAGCGUCAACUCGUCGACUCUUGCGCCGCCCGAUUACGGCGGCUCAGUCGGCGGCCGGAUGCGCGCAUUGACGGAUCCGAAUCGGCGCUUCAGCUUCUCGCUCGGAGGCGCACCAGGCGGAUCCGCCAGCUUGGCACCGCCAGGUUCGAGCGGAGGUCGACCCGUCACGGCGGAUGGCUCGACGAGUUCUGCAGGUCGCGGAAAUCGGUCUCGCGGCAACAGCCUGAGCACGAAUCUUCCGCCCGAGCCGAAGAAGGUGCGCAAGCCACCCAAGCCGAGGGACGGCGAAUCGCCUGAAGAAUACGUCAGGCGGCUGGUCGAGGGCGACAGCGCGAGUCGGCGGGCUUCACGGGUCGAAACAGCGGACGGCGAUGCGCAGGAGGUGAUGCUCGACUCGAAUGGAAAUUCGGACAGCGUGAGCGCUGAGAAGCACGAAGAAGAGGGCGAUGAGGCGAAUGGGCCAUUGCCAAAGGGCGAGGUGACGAAGAUUCUGUCGCUGAGCGCCGACCCCUUCUACGCCGCCGCCCUGCAAGCGUACCUCCGCUACUUUCCUUUCCAGCAGCUCGCCCUGGACAUCGCCCUCCGCGUCUUCUUGUGCUCCGCUUCGCUGCCGUCCGAGACGCAGCAGAUCGAUCGCGUCAUGGAGGCUUUCGCUCGCCGAUACGUCGAGUGCAACCCCGGCCUGUUCGGACCGCCGCCGAAGAAGCGGGACGUUGGCGACGAAGGGCUUUCUGCGGAAGGGACGGAGGAAGGGCGGUUCGGGGCGCGCAAGGAUGGCCAGCAGGAGAGCGACGUCCCCUACGUCCUCGCUUUCUCGAUGGUCAUGCUCAACACCGACCACUUCAACCCGAACGCGAAGAGCAAGAUGACAAAAGCCGACUACAUCAAGAAUACGCGCAUCGACGGCGUUGCGCCGGAGAUUCUCGAGUACCUGUACGACCAAAUCACGCUCGCGCCCUUCAUUUUUGUCGAUGACGGGAUGCCCGGAGCCGGCUUCCUCGGUCCGUCAACGUCGACUGCUUCACUCCUAGGCGGGAGCAUCGGACCCAGCGGCAGCUCCGCCAGCGUUGCGAGCAGCGCAGCUGCCAACAGUGGUCUCUUCACCAACAAUGCUUCGAAGGGCAAGGUCGACCCGUACCACCUGAUUGCGACGAAUCAGACGCGACGCUUCCGAGUCGACGUCGAAAGUCACAUCCCGUCCAAAAGCCCUUUCUCCUUCAGCGGAACGACGUCCUUCUUCGACACUACGUCGUUGCACUCGCUCUUUGCUCGUGCACCCGUGCUGCAGAUUCAGAACCGUCCGCGGACCUCGCGCUCAAAUAGUUCCACCUUUGCUUCGGCUGCUCCAUACUCUCUGCCACUUCCUUCUCCGCCUGUCACGACCGUGCCGCUCCCGCCUUCGCCUGAUCCCGCCCUCGCCGGCUCCCCCUUGACACCAACGGUCAGCAACGGCACCUUCAUUGCGGACGCGCCGAAAAAGAAGGACAGGCCGCCAAUCUCGUCCUUGAAAAUCACCAAGGUCGGGCUGCUCAGUCGCAAGGAGGAUCUGGCGGAGGGAGGGAAGAAGGCGGCGAGUCGCAAGUGGCGGGGCUGGAGCGUCGUGCUCACCGGCAGCCAGCUCCUCUUCUUCAAGGACCCGAACUUCGCAGCCGCGCUGCAGCAGUCGCUGCGUGCAGCCGCGCAAGACUCGACGCCGCGUCCGAACGACUCGUCCGUCCUCAGCUUCACCUAUCCCGGCUCCUUCAAGCCUGAUGCUGUCCUGUCGCUGGCGAACACGGCGGCGAUUUACGAUGCGACCUAUUCGAAGUACCGAAACGUCUUCCGGUUUGUCGCACCAGCUGGACGGCAGUACUUGUUUCAGGCGCACAAUGAGGACGAGCUGAAUUCCUGGUUGAGCGCGAUCAACUUCUCCGCCGCCUUCAAGUCCGCCAACAUCCGUAUCCGCCCUCUCCAGCCCGCCUUUCCGUCUCCACUUCCUUCGUCGCCUCGCCCAUCUCUUUCGCCGUUCCAGCCUCAGCCCGCCUUCGACUCCGCUCGCGCGCCGGCGUCCGAGGCGUCGUCUCGUCCAACAACGCCUCGAAUGGUUCGCAGCGCUGCGCAAGACUCACUCGCGACUGCUCAGAGCCCGAAUCUUCUGCACGACGGCUCGUCUACCACGCCCAGAUCCAGUUCGGCCACUCCCAGCCGGUCUGAUGACAUCUCCAGGCCGUCCAUCGAGGACCGAGACGACGAGACACCCUUGUCCAUGCUCAUGACGCCUCGUGCUGGCUCGUUGGGCACGAGCGCUAGCGGCAUCGCGGGCGCGUCUCAGCCGAUCACGGCGCGAGCCGAUUUGCUUAGAUCUCGAAUCAACAACCUCGACGUCGAGAUCAGGUCCGCCAAAGAGAGACUUCAAGCCGAUCUUCGCCUCGCCAAGCACCUCGCCAUCUUGACGCCCUUCCGCUCUGCAACUCGCGAGCGCGUCCUUAUGGCGAUCCCGCCUAUCGAGAAGCGCGUUCGCCACACCCGCAUGCACCUCGCCAAGCUCAUCUGCUACCGCGAAGUCCUCUCUCGCGACUUGCUCGUCGAGGAUCGCGAAGCAGAGCGGCUGCUGCGGAAGCAUUCGUUGCACCGGACGCACAGCCGUCGCACGUCUUCCGUCCCUCGACAGCGGAGCCCAUCUCGUCAGCACUCGCGCCACUCGAGCGCCACCGGUCCAGCUCGCCCUUCACAUCUCUCGCAUUCGACUACAUCUCCCCGACGGAUGAAGGCGUCCCACACCGACAGCGAGCGAACCUCGUUCGAGUCGGCCGCGGAAUCCCUGUCCGCUCUCGCGAACGGCACCGACCUGGACCAGCCCCUCUCCUUGACCGACGACGAGCUCGAUCGCCUUCAGCUGCGCUCCCCGCCGCUCAUGCAGCGGUCCAAGACGGAGACGGACUGGCAGAACGUUGUCCCGCUGGAACGGCUCUCGCUCGACCCGCCUGAUCCGUCGGCGUCCAACAGGCUGCGCAGCAACUCGGAGCUCCUCAGCGAAGACGAUUUCGAGUCCCGCCUUCGCGAUUCCGAAGGGCGUGCGAGGGCGUCGUCGGCGAGCAGCAACGGGGGCGCCAGAAGCGCCGAGACGAGUCCCCCUCCGCCGACCAUCCAUGAGGGCGUCUUGUCGACCCUCCGCUAG